AAAAUUAUUAGGGAGGAAAAUGGCUCUUUCGAUUUCUUCCCUAGCAUCAUCUCUUUCUUCUCUCUCGUUUUCCUCUCGGAUUUCCCGGAAUCCAGACAGCAUUUCAAUUUCCCAACCACCGAAAACCCUCCCCAUUUCUUUCUCCUCCAAAACCACCCGUUCCCUCUCCAUUGCCGCCACUGUGGCAGCCCCAGCCGAAGCGGAACCGGUUGAGAACCUCAAGAAGUACGUUAAGUCCAGGCUCCCUGGUGGGUUCGCUGCUCAGACUAUCAUAGGGACGGGCCGUCGGAAAUGUGCCUUUGCUCGCGUGGUUCUCCAGGAAGGCUCUGGAAAGUUUAUUAUCAAUUACCGUGACGCUAAGGAGUAUCUUCAAGGGAACCCAUUAUGGCUGCAGUACGUAAAAGUUCCAUUGGUGACAUUGGAGUAUGAGACGAGUUACGAUGUAUUUGUGAAAUCACAUGGAGGCGGCCUUUCAGGACAGGCUCAGGCAAUCUCUCUGGGCAUUGCUCGUGCGUUGUUGAAGGUGAGUGCGGACCAUAGGCGCCCUUUGAAGAAAGAAGGGCUUUUGACCAGGGACUCCAGGGUGUUGGAGAGGAAAAAUGUUGGGUUCAAGAAGGCUCGUAAAGCUCCUCAGUUUUCCAAACGUUAGGUGGUUGGGGACUUGGAUCAUACGUUUCUCUCAUGCUUGGUUUUUACACGAUCAUUUCUCAGUAACUUUUCCUUAUGAAUUCUUGAAAAUUUUCUAAAUUUAGAUCCCUUUUUUAAUGUAGAUCUUAUUCUUCCUGGAUGCUUAAGAACAUUCAGCUGCAUUUGUAGUUUCUUCCCCUGUAAGUGAGUAAUAUUGUUAAUUUCAGUAUAUAUUUCAUUUUGCUGAUUGAAAAGUAAAGUCACUGUCUUUAGUUUC